GCUAAACCACAUUCCAUAGCCAUCCUACAAGACCUUAUUCCUCACACACAUUCCUACUUUUGUGCUAAGAGGUAUUCCUUACACAACAUGGGCUCACUUGAUACCUCAAAGCCUCAUGUUGUAUUUGUACCAUACCCAGCACAAGGCCAUAUAAACCCCUUGAUGCAACUAGCCAAACUCCUUCAUUGUGUGGGUUUCCACAUAACAUUUGUGAACACUGAGUUCAACCACAACCGUUUUGUUAAGUCCCAUGGACCAGACUUUGUUAAGGGUCUCCCAGAUUUCAUAUUUGAGACCAUACCCGAUGGUUUGCCACCUUCGGAUAAGGACGCAACUCAGGAUGUUCCAACACUUUCUGAUUCUAUUAGAAAAAAAUGCUAUGGUCCUUUCAAGGAGCUGGUGGUGAAGCUCAACUCUUCACAUCAAGUGCCUAAAGUUAGUUGCAUAAUUGCUGAUGGGAUUAUGAGCUUUGCUGCGAGAGUUGCUAAGGAUUUGGGCAUAGCAGAGGUUCAAUUUUGGACCGCAUCUGCAUGUGGUUUUCUGGGAUAUUUGCAAUACGAUGAACUGGUAAAAAGAGGCAUUCUUCCAUUCAAAGAUGAGAAUUUUGUCAACGAUGGCACCUUGGAUAAAAGUUUAAGUUGGAUUUCUGGAAUGAAAGAUAUUAGAUUGAAAGAUCUUCCAAGCUUUAUUAGAGUCACCAAUUUGGAUGAUAUUAUGUUUGAUUUCAUGGGUUCUGGGUCUCAAAAUUGUUUAAGAUCAUCUGCAAUCAUCAUUAACUCAUUCCAAGACUUGGAAGAAGAAGCCCUCGAUGCCCUUAGGGCAAAUAAUCCAAACAUAUAUAACAUUGGCCCACUUCAAUUGCUUGGUACUAAUUUUCCUGAUAAAGAAAAGGGCUUCAAGUUAAAUGGGUCAAGUUUAUGGAAGAAUGACUCAAAAUGCUUAGAAUGGUUAGACAAAUGGGAAGUUGGCUCAGUCGUAUAUGUUAAUUACGGAAGUGUAACAGUAAUGACCGAGCAUCACUUGAAAGAAUUUGCUUGGGGACUAGCAAAUAGCAAGUUACCAUUCUUGUGGAUAAUGAGGGCAGAUGUAGUAAUGGGUGAAUCUAUAACUUUGCCACCAGAGUUCUUUGAUGAGAUCAAGGGUAGGGGAUACAUAACAAGUUGGUGCAUUCAAGAUCAAGUGCUUUCUCAUCCAUCAAUUGGUGUCUUUCUAACCCAUUGUGGUUGGAAUUCUACACUUGAAAGUAUAUCUGCGGGUGUACCUAUGAUUUGUUGGCCUUUCUUUGCUGAGCAACAAACAAAUUGCAGGUAUGUAUACACAACUUGGGGGAUAGGCAUGGAAAUUAAUCAUGAUGUGAAGAGAGAAGAGAUAGCAGAGCUUGUGAAGGAAAUGAUGAAGGGAGAAAAGGGGAUGGAAAUGAGACAAAAAGGCUUAGAGUGGAAGAAAAAAGCAAUAAGAGCUACUAAUGUUGGAGGAUCAUCUUACAACGAUUUCUAUGAUUUCUAUAAGUUAAUAAAAGAGGUUUUUCAUCAAAAUGUUAUUUGAGUCUUGUUUCUUUUGUCAUCAAUUGUACUAAAGUUGAUUAGUUAAAAUUUCUAUAAGUUAAUAAAAGAGGUUUUUCAUCAUAA